AUGACACGAAUAACACGCGACUCAGUCCAAAAAAUCCCGUUAGCCUAUGCAUCCUGCUCAAUCGGCUGCAAAUCUAGUGACACCCUCCCUCGCAAACUUGAAGCAAUUAGCGAAGCAGGUUUCACCGCGAUCGAGCUUUCAUUCCCCGACAUUGUGGAAUAUGCAGCACACCUACAAGGCCAACCAAUUGCAUCAGAUAAUUUCUCCGAACUCAUCAUAGUUGCCUACGGGAUCCGGGAGCUCUGCGAAGCCAACUCCUUAAGUGUAAUGAUGCUGCAACCGUUCGCGAAUUUCGAGGGCUGGCCUGAAGGAUCAACGGAAAGAGAAGAUGCCUUUGCGAGAGCAAGGGGUUGGAUAGAGAUCAUGAGAGUUCUCGGGACAGACCUACUGCAGGUCGGAGCUACAGAUACACCACCUGACAAAAUAUCCAUCUCCCGUGAAGCAAUUGUUUCCGAUCUCCGUGAACUAGCCGAUAUGCUAGCAAAGCACGGUUUUCGCCUGGCCUAUGAGAACUGGUGCUGGUCAACCCAUGCACCGGGCUGGAAAGACGUAUGGGCAAUUGUCUCGACUGUCGACCGCCCGAAUGUCGGGUUGUGUCUCGACACAUUCCAGACUGCGGGCAGUGAAUGGGCGGACCCAACGACUGAAUGUGGUCUUAUCGAAGAGGUACCGUAUGAUGUUUUGCGAAAGAACUUCGCCGCUAGUAUGGAUGAGCUCGCUCGCACCGUUCCGCCUGAGAAAAUCUAUCUGCUGCAGAUCUCGGAUGCGUACAAGGUUUCUUCGUUGAAGAAUGAAACUAUUGAUGGACUUAGGCCACGUGGUCGCUGGAGUCAUGACUAUAGACCUAUGCCUUAUGAUGGCGGUUACUUGCCGAUUGAAGAUGUGGCGAAGGCAGUGUUGAAGACUGGAUUUCGAGGGUGGUUCUCUAUGGAAAUCUUUGAUGGUGGGCCAGAAGGAAAGGGGAAAAAGUAUGAGUUGGAAGCUUAUGCAAAGAGGGCGAUGCAGAGUAUGCAAAAGUUGUUAACUAAUUGCGCCAGUGAGUGA